GCAUGGAACAACAUGGCUGCAUGGAUGAAGAAUACUUCAAAUGUUCUGUUACCUUUUUGUUUUUUCUGCAUAGAUUUGAUUUUUAAAUUAAUUUAAUUAAACACUGUUCCUACAUAUGUUUCGUGGAUGUCAAUAUUUAAUAAGCAUGGCCACAGUUUUUACAAUCUGUGCUGCACUUCUCUGUGUUGUGAAUGCGGGACCUGUGGUUUUGCCGGACCAAUAUGCACGAGGAGUGGACUGGUUAGUUCGAUACGGAUAUUUGCCAUCUCCAGAAUCUCUUGGUCGACUUCAGACCAAGGAGAGCAUUGAAGAAUCUGUCCGUAAAAUGCAGCGUUUUGCUGGUAUUGAAGAGACUGGGAAACUAGAUCAACCCACACUUGAGUUGAUGGCCAGACCUCGAUGUUCUCUGCCGGACUUCUCUAAAAAUCUGUAUAAGGGAAAGACAAGAGAUAGAGGAAACCUGGGGAGAUACACUCUGACAGGACUUAGAUGGGAUAAGACUGACAUCACCUGGAGCAUACACAAUUUUCCCUCCCCUUCCAUUUCUCCUAAUCUAAAGCCAGGGCUGGUUAGGCUCAUUAUGACCUACGCCCUCAAAGUAUGGAGUGAUGUCACACCGUUGCGUUUCCAAAGCAUCAACCCUUCAUCUUAUGGCCCAUCACCACAGAUAGACAUCAACGUUACCUUUUCCAGUGGCUACCAUGAAGAUGGAUAUGCUUUUGAUGGCAAAGGUGGCACACUAGCACAUGCAUUUUUCCCAGGAAAGGAAGACAUUGCAGGUGAUGCGCACUUUGAUGAUGAAGAGAGCUGGACCUAUGGAGACUGGAGCAGCAACUCAGAUUUGUUUACAGUUGCAGUGCAUGAGUUUGGUCAUGCUUUAGGUCUGUUGCACUCCUCCUCCAAAGACUCCAUCAUGAAGCCUUAUUAUUAUGGUCCUGUGGGGGACAUGCAUAGCUAUAAGUUAUCCCCUGAUGACAUAAUGGGAAUACAGACCCUCUAUGGAAAAAGCGAGGAUUUCAAUCCUUUUCCUUCUGUUCCUACACACACAACCAAUAUACCACACUUUUCAACCACACUUCCACAUCCUACCCGCUCAAAGCCAUCUGCUGAUCGCUGUCAAGGAGGUUUUGAUGCUAUUGCUAACAUUAGACAAGAGGUUUUCUUCUUCAGAGGUCCACACUUUUGGAGAGUGCUUCAGUCGGGGUCAUUAAUGUCCAUGACUCCAGCUUUGAUCCACAACUUUUGGAUCGGUUUGCCUCCAGAAAUAGACCAAGUUGAUGCCGUAUACGAGAGAAGAGAUGGAUAUAUUGUAUUCUUUUCUGGUAAUCAGUACUGGGUAUUUAAAAACACAAUGUCUCUUCCUGGGUACCCACGACCACUUGCAGAAUGGGGUUUACACACAUCUUUGGGAGAAGUACCAGAGAGAGUUGAUGCAGUAUUUAGAUGGCCACACAAUGGGAAAACCUACCUGUUCAGUGGAGGGGAAUACUGGAGGUUUGAUGAAACAGGAACAGAGAGGAAGCUAGAGGAUGGGUACCCUAAACUGACCUCUGUCUGGGGGAUCCCUUCCCAUCCUGAUGAUAUCAUUGGAUUUCUUGAUGGAGAGACAUACUUCUUUAAAGGCACAAAUUAUUGGACGUUAAAAAGAGGAGCACUGGACCAGGAAUCUGCAUCCCCAAAAUCCAUAGCUGCUGACUGGAUGAAAUGUGACAUUCUCAUUUCACCUCACACACCUGAGAUGCCCAAAGAAGAUAAAGUCUGCUGUGCUAACAACACAGCGACUACGAUUGAUGUUUUAUCAGUUGGGAUGUAUUCAAAAAUCAUAAUAUUUAUUCUGGUUAUGUCAUUGAAUUGCUGA